AUGGCCGACGUCGACAUGACCGAUGCCCCUGGCAGCGUCGUCAAGAAGGGAGCUGACGGUGACUCCAAGGCCGCCGACGGCAAGAAGCGCUUCGAGGUCAAGAAGUGGAACGCCGUCGCACUCUGGGCAUGGGACAUUGUCGUCGACAACUGCGCCAUCUGCAGAAACCACAUCAUGGACCUCUGCAUUGAGUGUCAAGCGAACCAAGCCUCUGCCACGAGCGAGGAGUGCACCGUAGCUUGGGGCAUUUGCAACCACGCCUUCCAUUUCCAUUGUAUUUCUCGCUGGCUCAAGGCCCGCCAAGUGUGCCCACUGGACAACCGUGACUGGGAGUUUCAGAAGUACGGUCGUUGA